GGCAACGAUCGCGGGCGGGCGCGGCGCGGCCAUCGACCAGUGACGCCUGCGCGCUCUGCGCUCUGCCGAGAGGGCUGCGGCGCCCCGCGGGCCGGCGGGAAGAUGGCGGCGGCGGCGGGCUACCCAGCCGGGAAGGGGCGCGACAUGAGCCUGGCGGCCCUGCGGCGCCACGAUCCCUACAUCAGCCGCAUCGUGGACGUGGCCAGCCAGGUGGCCCUGUACACCUUCGGCCACCGGGCCAACGAGUGGGAAAAGACUGAUGUGGAAGGAACCUUAUUUGUUUACACAAGGUCUGCUUCUCCGAAACACGGCUUCACCAUCAUGAACAGGCUGAGCAUGGAGAAUAGGACAGAGCCCAUCACGAAAGACCUGGAUUUCCAGCUCCAGGACCCCUUCCUUCUCUACAGAAAUGCCAGAUUGUCCAUUUAUGGAAUUUGGUUUUACGACAAGGAAGAAUGCCAAAGAAUUGCAGAGCUUAUGAAAAACCUCACUCAGUACGAACAGCUGAAAGCGCACCAUGGAGCGGGGGCGGCAGUGGGAGCGUCCCCCGUGGGCCUCGGCUCGGGAGAUCGCAAGGAGGUGGACAUCCUACGGAUGCUCACCAAGGCCAGAGACGAAUACGCAAAGUGUAAAGCCUGUCCUGAGCCCAAACAGAUCAGCAGCUCGUCCGCCAUCUACGACAACCCCAAUCUCAUCAAGCCGAUUCCAGUGAAGCCCGGCGGGAGCCGGCAGCAGCGCGGCCCUCGGCCCGGCCAGACCUUAGACCCUGAACCCCAACACCUGUCCUUGACGGCCCUCUUCAGGAAGCUGGACAAAACUACGUGUCACGAAGCCGCGCGGCCUCCAAAGACCCUCCCCCAGCAGCAGCAAGAGAAGCUUCCGCUUCGGCAGGGGGUCGUCCGCUCCCUGUCCUACGAGGAACCCCGAAGAUGCUCGCCCCCGGUCGAGAAGCAGCUCUGUCCCGCCAUUCAGAAGCUCCUGGUCGGGAUCGCGGACCUGCAGCCGCUGGCAGAGCUGCCCGAGAGCCGGCCCUGUAGAGACGCCGCCCGGCCAGGGUCUCCCCGCGGCCCCGAGGUCUCCCGCCACGUGCACGGUGCCCCCAGGACUCAGAACCCGCCGGACCAGCUCCAGAGCAUCCCUGGGGCGCCGGCACCAGACGCCUCGGCCGAGACGCCGGGGCCCCGGGCACUCCCGAGGCCAGCGCCCCCCGGCCCUGGGCCCGGCCGUCAGCCCCUGGGGCCCAGCGAGGUCUCCCCGCGGGAGCUGCUGUGGAAGCUCCAGGCGGUGCAACAGGACCGGCAGUUGCCGGCGCCCGGCCGCCCAGCCCUGGCGGCCAAGUUCCCCGUGGCCACCCCGAGCGCUGGAGCACGGAACCCCCUGGAGUCCUGGAGGGACCAGACCCCCAGCGCGGAGCAGCAGGCUCCCCUCCUUCAGGUCCUCUCGCCCCGGCGCGCCCCGCCCGCUGCAGGCCCAUCUCCGCUCAUGUCGCCACUGGUGUUCGCGCAGCCCCCCUGGGCCCCACCGCCAGAGAGGGGCAGCGGGCUCUUGCCCCCAGGAAGCCAGGACCCGGCAGCCACCCCCAGCGGCCCCCUCCUGCCCCUGCGGACGCCGGAGCCCCCCAGGACGCCGGGCAGUGCCCUGACCAAGCCGCAGCUCCAGGAGGCCCUGCUGCACCUCAUCCAGAUGACCUUGAAGCCUGCCAGUGAGGACAGACUGGGAUGGCUUCCUCGUGCCCCUAUGAAGUAAUAAGGGCGAUGACGCUUGUACAGAGCUCUGGGCCGGUCACGGUGUUAGACACCAGGACGCCGAGGCUGAGGGACUGGCCUGAGGUCACCAGCCAGUAAAGAGCAGAGCUGGGGCUGCAGCCUGGCUGCCGUGCCCCUUCCCACUGCACGACGGGGCCGGGAGGUGGCAGAGCCCACCCCGAACGCGAGACAGGCCUUGCAAAGUGCAGCGCGCUCACCCAGACGGACCGCAGACACCCCAGCUCACAUACUGAGGUAUCUUUUUCGCAGACAGUCCGUAAGGUUUUUGCUUGAGUGUCAGGCGACCUUGAGAGCGGCCAGCACUUUUGCUCUGUCUCAUCCUACUCAAAAAGACAGUAGUCGCCGUUGGUAAGAAUGUUUCUUUAAAGGUAACGUAUUUUAGAGAGAAGGAAUGGAAUGGGGACAGAAAUCAGCAUCUGAGUGUGAAAGCAGGGUAGCAAUCUGCUAAAGACAGACGAAAAGUGACCGCACCUGACUAAUUCAUAAAGAAGGGUCUUUUCCACCUUUUCUAGAAGCCAUUCAUGAGACGUUCUUGAGGACUUAGGUAGGGCACCUGUAAGCUCCUUUUCUGUGAGCAAUAAACAAAAAACCUGGAUGUAAAAAGCUCCACAUUUUUUCUGGCUUCUUCCAUUUAAUAACACUGUUCCAAAGAUCUCUGUGCAGUAGUGGGGACCCCUAAAGUCCGGAGCAGCCCCUGGACCUCGCCCGUUAGAGACCAGACGUCCGUUCCCUCCACCCGGCCUGCACUUCCCGUUCCCCGUGCUUUCGGCAUCUUCCCCACGAGCUGCUGGGAGCCACUCAGGCAUGCGGCUUUGCUCUCUGCCUGCUGUUAGGACACAGGCUCGUGCUCGGAGACUUUGCAGGAAAGCCAGGGUAGCCUGGCUCCAGGCCAAGCGGGAGUGUGAAACACGGGUGAAUUGCCAGGGCGAUAAAGGACGGGGUGGGAGGGAACCGGGAGGGAGCCGCGUCUCCAACAUCAGAGACAGAGAAAACCGCCGAUGGAACCGUGGUUCCCUCGCCCGAGAGUGGCAGGAGGGGCCCAGAGCCUGCAGUCUCACCGCUGCCGGCUUGCCAAGGCCAGAGCUCUCCGUAGCUAACGGGGGUGGUGCAGGGGGGUGGAGGUUCACUGGCUCUGGCAGGGUACCAGCCAAGCCCGUUGCCAGGGAAGUCUUAACUUCCGCCCAACAACGAAGGCACCCCUUGUGGGCGACUCGGGGGCCUCUCAGAGCCACCAGUGACCUCCCAGCCAGGCUCAGAGGACUGAGCUGGGUUACGUCCUCCCCGUGCAGCCUCCCGGGGGCCCCAGGUCUCUCCACACAGGAGGCCAGGCUUCUCGGGAGCCGGUCCGCUCCGCGCUGCCCCGAGGCUGGUGCCCGCCUGAGCUGCAGGCCACGAGCACCUGCCGUGUCCCGGGCUGGCCACCGAGGACCGGCAGCUGACCCUUCUGGCCUGGCCUGCAGCCCCACUGACUGUUCAGCUUAAAAACUAGCCUCCGUGGGCCGCACAGGUGGGGAGGAGCAUCUUAGGAUCAAGGUGCCCGUUCAGCCCCAAGACAGAAGGCCUCUCGUUUCUGCCGGCCAAGUCAUAUCCCCUGGGGCUUUUGAUUUGUGUU